AUGCUGCUCUUCUGCCCGGCCUGCGGGAACGUGCUGGUGGCCGAGGAGGGGCCGCGCUGCCACCGCUUCGCCUGCACCACCUGCCCCUACGUGCGCAAUGUCACCAGGAAGGUGACCAGCAGGAAGUACCCGCGGCUGAAGGAGGUGGACGAUGUGCUGGGCGGCGCCGCGGCCUGGGAGAACGUGGACUCCACGGCAGAGCCGUGCCCCAAGUGCGAGCACCCCCGCGCCUACUUCAUGCAGAUCCAGACGCGCUCGGCCGACGAGCCCAUGACCACGUUCUACAAGUGCUGCAACCCGCAGUGCGGGCACCGCUGGCGGGACUGA